UAAGACAUGCUUCAAACCGUCAGGGUCCACUGUGUCCCUGGCAUUCUGACAAGGAAACUAACAAGCGUCUGCAGAACAGAUGCAGCAAAACCACGACGCUGCCCUCUUCUGGACGAACAAGGAAUGUACGUCGUUUCUCCAUUAAAGGCAGUGAAUGGGUCACACAUCCUGAAUGUCAUCAAAAGAACAUGGGCUGGAUUACUUGGGUUUCGUUUGUUGGCCUUCUGUGGAUUUAUCCACUUUGUCAUUUAGCCAAGAAGACCUCCGAUGACCCGAACACAUGUCUGACGACCAAAAAGACCAAUUUUGUUGUUGUUGAUAACUUCAAUGGCUUCAUCACUGCAAAAAACUAUUCGAAUCUGACAACAGAUUGCAUAGUGUUUCUGCAGAAAAAUGAAACUCGACAAAAUAAGUAUAACCAAACCCAGAAGUGGCCUCAAAUAAUGAAAGAACAAUUUUCUUAUUUUGUGCGCAUCUCAAAAUGGCAUAUCAAUCAGAAUCUGUAUCUGUAUGUCCUGGAAGGGAGGUGCAAUGCAAGUUUAUCAGGCUUCAAAGAGGUCAACAAUCAGUCUCGAGUGUUAACGUGUGUCUUCAAUUACACUGUCACAGACUCUUGCCAGAUUAGAUGUUUGGAUACAGCGAAUGUAUGCCAACAUUCUAAGUUUGAUGAAAACAACUGCAGGGAAAUAGUUCUCCCGGUCACAGACAGAUACAUCAUCAACAUAACAGCAACAAAAAACAACUGUGUCAACUGUAACAAUCCCGUGAAACAGCCCAAUGAGAAAAUUCAGUUGAAUGUAACAAUUGACAUUAAAGGAGACAAACUCGAUGCUGCCCAAGCUACUAAAAUCAUGAACAAAGUGUCCGGCCUGGUCACAUCCAUGACGGGGUCUUCAGCUGCAGUGACUGUGGCAGAAGGAGUUACGGGUGUCGUAGUGAGAGAAACAAAGCCCGCGGACGUACAGGAAGUCUCCAUUGCUUACAGGUCUUCGAAUGACAGCAUGAGUAUUAUUGAAAACAAAGAGACUCUGGCUACAUUUUCAAGAUCUGUCACAGUGUCAAAAGAAGCGUUCGUUAAAGCUAGUUUGAAUGUUACCAUACCAUUUGCAAGUGUUAUCCGAUUCCUCAAUCUGGCUUCGGAUAUGAAGAAUAGCACUGUUUUAGGUAAUGAGGUUUUAGCCAUUGAAAUGGGAACCACUAUCACCAAUCUCACAGACAAAAUGCAGAUAAAUUUUUGGAACAUGACAUACAAAGGAAUUCCAUCUUGUCAAUCAUGGAAUGGUGAAGGGAGUCAACCAAACUGGACCGAUGACGGAUGUCUGACAAUACAUGAUGGACAGAACAUUUCCUGCGAGUGUUCGCAUUUGACAUUUUUUGCUGUCUUAAUGAGUCCUCUUAAUGAAACCAUAUCUAGUUCUGACCUGAACAACCUCACCAUCAUCACCCAAGUUGGCUGUGGAUUGUCCAUGUUCUUCCUCUGCAUAGUCCUCUUCAUGCACUUCCUGCUGAGGAGGACCAAGGCCAGCAAUGCCACAAGGAUUCUCAUCCACCUGGUUUCAGCCAUGUUCCUGCUUAAUUUCACUUUCCUAAUCAACAACGUUGUGGCAAAUCUGAAUAGCUCUGUGGCUUGUAAGAUCAUGGCGGCUCUCAUGCACUACUCCAUGUUGGCCACUUUCACUUGGUUUGCUGUGCAGGCCUUCCACCUCUGCUUGCAGAUAUACACCGGGGGCCAGAUUGUAAUCAGUCGCUACAUACUCAAAGUCUCCAUUGUCAGUUGGGUACUACCAAGUGUAGUUGUGAUUGUACUGCUCAUUUUAGGAAAAUAUGGUGAACAAGUCAUUCACACUAGUGACAGUGAAAAAACCGUGGCCAUGUGCUGGAUAACAGACAAUUUGGUGCACUACGUUGUUAACAUAGGCUACUAUGUUUUGGUCUUCAUCUUCACCUUCACUACCUUCAUCAUCAUACUGUCCUGGCUGUUCUUUCUCAAGAGAACAAGAACCGGACAAACGAGCACACAUGGCAAAAAGAUUGUAAUCAUCCUGGGACUCUGUUGCAUGCUGGGUAUCACUUGGGGUUUUGCCUUCUUCGCCUACGGUGCCCUCCGGAUCCCCUCCUACUACAUUUUCACAGUCCUCAAUUCUUUCCAAGGUUUCUUCCUGUUCAUCUACUACUAUAACACCAGCCACACAGGAGACCUAACCAGCGGUGCGAGCGGUCAUAAAAACUCAAACAGCACCAACACUAUUAAAACCAGCCUGAGCAGCUUUGAGAACCCCUACACUGAUCCGCCAGAAAAGAAAUAAAAAUCCCUGAAAGCCAAAUGGGGACCAAAGAGCGAUGAAAAAGGUCAGCUUGAAGUAACUUGAGACUACAAGCAAGUACUAAACAUUAACUGGACAGGUAUGGUUUUAUGACUUUGUAAAAUGCAUCUUUCCUGACAUAUGAUAGUCAGUGUAUAUAGGGAAAUUGCUUCAAUACUACAUAUUACUCCUUGUUUAGGUUAUCUUAGGAUCAGAAUUUGGUUUUAACAAUUUCAUUCAGUAAGGCUCAUAAAAGGGUGUGUCAUGCAGUUUAAUUAAUUACUUUUGAGACCUUUUUGUAAUGCAAAAGUUCAUUGUAAUUAUUUUUGACAGAUUUUUUAAAUGAAAUGCUUUUGAAUGAUUAAGUACUUGUUCAGGGCCCUCUGAUCUUCCACAUAUAUCCAAAAUAUCUAUAGUUGUGGAUAGAUUACCUGUUCCACCCAUUAGAACUUGCAGUGUUUAAAAGCACGUUUUAACUCUUCGAAAUAUGAAAAGAUGGAACGUGAGGAAAUAAGAAUCCUUUAUUUAGUUACACAAACAUUAAAACAUACAUUAUGUAUCAUACACUAUUUUUAUUUAUUUUUUUAAACUCAUUUUAAGUUGAGAAAUUAUUACUUCUACAACAAGAGAGAUUCUGCUUCCUUGAGAGCUUGUUCCAUUUCGGCAGCCUCCAGGGAAAAGUUCUCCCUUUCCUGCUUCAUAUGUUGCCGUGCUUUAGCGAGUUCUGUCAUUGUUACUUGGAUUUCCUAGAAGUGUGUAAAAUGAGGAACAUUUAUUUAAAAAAACAAAAACAAAAAACACAGUCCAACCAUACCUUAAAUUUACUACAAGAAAUCGCAAAGUUACAUUGGCCAAUAUACGAAGGAGUGUGACUCACCUCUAGCCGAGCACGUUGCUGUGAUGCAGUGUCUCCAAACGCUUUUAAUUCAUUCAGCAGGUCUGUGGAGACACUCUGAAAUGGAGACAAUAAAAUAUGUGUUUAAUAGUUGGCACUGCCUAUGAUAGCCAAAAGACUGUAACCCUUUGUGUAGGAUUCAAGUAUAGUCUAUAUUUAAAUUUUAAAACAAGUAACAUUUGUCACUUGUCUUUAAUUGUGUGGUUUUAUGGCAUAUAACAAGUGCAUGUUUGUAGUUAUUUGUGUGAGUUUGAUAAAGUAUAUGAUAAAUAAAACAUGACUGUGCUUAUAACAUCAAGUAAACUGAAAUAAAAUGUACGCACCAUAA